AUGAAAAGGUGGUUAAUACCAUCGUAUUUUGUGAUCUUUUCCCUCUUCUUUACCUAUAAUUCUUCUGCUCUAACAUUACCGUUUUGCCCUCAUGACCAAAGUGCUGCCUUAAUCCAAUUCAACAGCUCCUUUUCCAUUGAUUGUUCCGGUUUUAGGCAACCAUCUAUAUCCAGGGCUAAGACAAUCUCCUGGGAGGAAGGAACAAACUGUUGCUUGUGGGAUGGGGUUAAGUGUGAUACUGAAACAGGGAAUGUGAUUGCCCUUGAUCUUAGUUUCAGCUGCCUUUUUGGCCCUUUCCCCUCUAACAACACCCUCUUCCUACUCCGCCAUCUCCGUCAGCUUAACCUUGCCGGGAAUGAUUUCAGAUUCUCCCCAAUGGCAUCCCAGUUUGGUCAAUUGACUAGUUUGACCCAUCUAAACAUCUCCUGGUCGAGCUUUAUUGGUAAAGUUCCACCUGAAAUCUCUCGCCUUUCUAAACUAUUAUCCCUUGAUUUAUCCAUGUCUGGUUUGAUGUUUGAAGGGCAUGUCUUUGAAAAUAUGGUCGCAAACUUGACACAACUAAGACACCUUCUCCUCUCAGAAGUCAAUAUGUCUCAAGUUGUUCCUACUUCUUUCCUUAACAUGUCUUCUUACAUACAAACUCUUGUCCUCGAGAAUAAUUACGAACUGCACGGAAAGUUCCCUGAAGAUGUUUUCCGCUUUCCUUACUUACAAAAGUUCCGUGUUUCUAGUAAUUUUCUUGAACUUAAGUUCCCAAAGACUAAUUGGAGUGCUCCCCUCAAGUCACUGCAAGUAACGUUGUCAUAUUUGGAGGAACUGCCUGAUUCAAUUGGUGACCUUACAUCUCUGGAGAUAUUGGAUCUUCCUGUUAAUCAUUUAGGAGGGCCAAUUCCAGCAUCUCUUGGCAACCUCACCCAACUAAAGUAUUUAGAUCUUUCCGAUAAUAACCUUAGUGGUGUUUUGCCAGUUUCAGCUUUUAACCUUAGACAAGUUCAAUUUGUAGAUUUUUCAGGAAACAAGUUGGCUGGUUCCUUUCCUUCUCAAGUAAGUGAACUUUCACAACUUAGUAUUCUAGACCUUGAUCGCAACUUUCUCAGUGGCAGGGUACCGUCCUGGUUGUUUUCUCUUCCAUCUUUAGUUUUGUUGAGGCUCAGUAAUAACAAGCUUACUGGUCCAAUUGACCAAUUUGACAAGGUUACUCCAUUGGAGGAGGCUUAUUUGCAGAACAAUGAGAUAGAGGGUCCAGUUCCUGGUUCUAUUGCCCUACUUGUGAACCUUAUUUAUCUUGAUCUUUCCUCCAAUAAGUUGAGUGGGAAUUUUGACUUGGACAAACUAUCAAAGCUCAAAAAACUUGAGUCUCUUACUCUCUCAAAUAACGCUUUGCUAUCAUUUACCAGUGAAAGCAAGGCCAAUUACUCCUUGCCUAAUCUUUUGUCACUAAACCUCUCUUCUUGUGACAUCAUUGAUUUUCCAGAUUUUGUAAGGAAUCUAGAAGGUUUGAGAGAGUUAGACCUUUCGAACAAUCGAAUCCAUGUCAUUGAAGCAAAUAUGUUUGUGAAGCUUAAAGAACUUCAAAGACUGGAUCUGUCACACAACAGCCUGCUAUCCCUGAGCAACAGUGGCAACCUUAGUCUUUUCUUGCCAAAUCUUGGUUACUUGUCAUUGUCAUCAUGUAAUCUAACUGCAUUUGCAAAUUUCUUGACAAUACAAGAGAGUUUGCGAGAGUUAUACCUUUCGAACAACAGCAUUCAAGGCCAAAUUACCAAACAAGAAAGAACUUGGGGAAGCAACCUAGUGAUUCUUGAUCUUUCUAACAAUUUGUUGACAGUUGUAGAAUAUUAUCCAUGGAGGAAUAUAAAAGUUCUUAGGCUUGACUCCAACCUGCUAGAAGGGCCACUUCUAGUACCACCGCCUUCCAUAUCUGUUUUCUCCAUCUCAAACAACAAAUUAACGGGAGAAGUUCCAUAUUCGAUUUGCGAAUUCGGCACAGAAAUUGAUGCAGCUCUCGACUUGUCUCAUAACAACUUGAGUGGAGUAAUUCCAAAAUGUGCAGGCUUGGCAAAUAUUGCUUACCUGGAUUUGCAUGCGAAUAAUUUUCAUGGAAACAUCCCUGAUUUUUGUGUUAAUGAAAACAAUAUGUUAAGUACACUUAAUCUCAACGACAAUGAUUUUGAUGGGCCAUUACCUAAAUCCUUGGCCAACUGUCUUCUUUUGGAAGUGUUGAUUCUUGGAAACAACAAGAUAAAUGACACAUUUCCCUAUUCGUUGGGAAAUCUUCCUUCGCUUCAAGUGCUUGUCUUGCGCUCCAACAAUUUCCAUGGUCAAGUAACCAAUCCAGACAACCAAUCUUAUUUCUCAAAUCUGCGAAUCUUAGACCUCUCCCAUAAUAAUUUCUCUGGUUAUCUGCCAACAAAUUUCUUCAAGAGUCUUGAAGGUAUGAUGGGUUUGGCCGAUGUUGAUAUGGCUUAUAUGGGAGAUCGUUUUCAAUAUUACACAGAUUCCAUGGUUCUCACAAUGAAAGGUGAGGACAUUGUGCUAGAGAGAAUUCUAACUAUUUUUGCAGCCAUCGAUAUGUCAAGCAACAAAUUCGAAGGAACAAUUCCAGAAACAGUUGGAAACCUUAUUUCUCUCCAGGUGCUCAACUUUUCUCACAACCACUUAACCGGUCAUAUUCCUUCCUCAUUGGGGAAUUUGGUAGCACUUGAGUCGCUAGAUCUUUCUUGCAACGAGCUUGUUGGGGAGAUUCCUUCGGAGUUGACUGGUUUGAAUUUUCUUGAAGUGUUAAACCUGUCAGAGAACCAGCUCGUUGGGCUCAUACCUCAGGGAAAACAAUUCAACACCUUUCUCAACGAUUCCUACGCAGGCAAUAUAGGACUGUGUGGGUUUCCCGUUUCAAAAAGCUGCGGCCGUAGUGAACCACCACCAGCAAUUUUUGAUGAAGAGGAAGUUGAUUCUGCAUUUGGAUUGGAUUGGAAAUUUGUAAUGAUGGGUUAUGGGUGUGGAUUGGUUUUUGGAUUUUCAGCUGGUUACAUCAUGAUGACAAUUCGGAAACCAAAAUGGCUUGUUGUGAUGAUUCAACGCGCAGGCAACAGAGUUCUUAGGAGAUUCAAGAAAUAUCGUUGA